AUUUUCAAGUGACAACUAGCUGAAAGUCAACUUUUUCAGCUGCCAACAUUUUUUUUUUCCGUCGGUCUCUAUUAAAGUUCGUGUGAAUAAUCAUAUUUGGGGCAAUUUAGCCGUCUCCUCACUCCUUUUUGUUUUCUCUACAUUUUAUAACUUCGCAUUUUUUUUUAUUGAGCAGCUGUUUAAUUUUUGUGUUCAUAAUUUUUCUUAUGAGUGUUGGGUUUUAUUCAGAAGAUCGUUGUUGGUUUAAAUUAAAAAAUUAAAAAUGGGUUGUGGGAAUUCAAAAGAUGAAAUGAAAUUGUCUUCGUCUGAUAAUUUCUCCCUCCUUGCGGCAGAUACUAUUUUUACUGAGGAAGAAGUGGAUCUUUUAUAUGAUUUAUUCAAUAAACUAAGCAACUCUGUUGUCAAAGAUGGUUUUAUUCAAAAGGAGGAACUUCAACUUGCAUUAUUUAAGAAUAGUAUGAAGAGAAGCCUUUUUCUGGACAGAAUUUUUGAUCUCUUUGAUGUCAACCACAAUGGCUGCAUUGAGUUUGGAGAGUUUGUUCGAUCAUUGAGUGUCUUUCACCCUAGAACUCCUGACAAAGAUAAAGUGAAGUAUGCGUUUCGGUUGUAUGACCUAAGAGGUACUGGCUAUAUUGAACGUGAAGAAUUGAAAGAAAUGGUGGUGGCCCUUCUGCAUGAAUCAGACUUGCAUCUCUCAAGUGAUAUCGUUGAAACCAUUGUUGACACGACAUUCAAAGAAACAGAUUUAAAAGGUGACGGGAAAAUUGACAUGGAAGAGUGGGAAGAAUAUGUAGCAAAAAAUCCCAAACUGCUCACUAACAUGACUCUUCCCUAUCUAAUGGAUGUUAACCUUGCUUUUCCGAGCUUUGUGGUGAACAAAGAAGCUGAAUGCUUACAGAGAAAGGGACCGGAGGAAUAGACACAAGUUUUUUGUUUUGACAUGAACUUUGACAGUAUCCCAAAGAUACAUGAAGCUGCGUGUUUAGCUAGAUUAGAUGUACUGGUAAGAUAGCCGUCGUGACUGUAUGAGUAAUGGUGUUUGCACAGGACUGAUGGGUAGCAGAUGAUGUGCAUACUGCACUGAUGCUUUAUACUCCAGGCCAUAACAUGAACAUACUGCUUCAAUGUAAACGGAACUUCUGUAUCAUAACAUUCACAAGAUUUCGCAGUAAUUAAGUUAUCUGAGUAUUUUCAAAUCUUGACAGCACAAAUGAAUGAUCACAAAUUCAGUCAUCAUUCGGUCUUA